CAGCAUGGCGGGGGAAAGUGAAAAGAAACCGAAGCUUGAAAUGGUCCAGGUUGAUGGGGCCGAUGAUGGCUGCGUGACGUUCGUGAUGCAUGAUGAAGACCAUACUCUGGGCAACUCCCUCAGAUAUAUGAUCAUGAAGAACCCGGAUGUGGAGUUCUGUGGCUACACCAUCACGCAUCCCUCUGAGAGCAAGAUCAACUUUCGGAUUCAGACACGAGGUGCAAGUCCAGCUGUAGAACCACUACGAAAAGGCCUGGAAGAGCUCCAUGAAGUUUGUCAGCAUGUUCUCAACACCUUUCAGGCAAGAGUUAACGAGUUCAAAGAGAGGCAGGAUCAGCCCAUGGAAUGAGCUUCAUCGACAGACACGCAAUCACCUGCAAUAAAUGUAGGAAUUUGUUCAGGAAAAAACACAUUUAUGUGCGCUUCAUGUAACACAAACUUCCAAGUCUUUAGAAAAGUCUGAAUAAUAUCACAUUUAAACAUUUGUACAGUUGUUUUUUUUAUUUAAAAGUUUAUUAUUCUUGUGUUGCUGGAUUAAUAAAGUAUAAAAAUUUAAAA